AUGCCUAGAGAUGCUUUACAUCAUGGAGGUGUUGAGCACCGAGAGUUGCAUAAUGCCUAUGGUUACUACUUUCAUAUGGCUACAGCUGAUGGGCUUGUAAAGCGAGGAGAUGGGAAGAAUAGGCCUUUUGUUUUGUCAAGAGCAUUCUUUCCUGGAAGUCAAAGGUAUGGAGCAGUUUGGACAGGAGAUAACUCUGCAGACUGGGAUCAACUCAAGGUUUCAGUGCCAAUGGUUUUGACCCUUGGUUUGACUGGAGUAUCAUUUUCUGGUGCGGAUGUUGGUGGGUUUUUUGGCAAUCCCGAGCCUGAGUUGUUAGUUCGUUGGUAUCAACUUGGCGCUUACUACCCGUUCUUUAGGGGCCACGCCCAUCAUGACACCAAAAGACGAGAACCUUGGUUAUUUGGGAGGGGAGGGUUAUAUAGGCAUCCAACCUAUAGGGUCUGGGGGUGCUUUACUCAUUUGGAUGAGAGAGUGGUGAGAAAUUUGGGGUCGGAUAGCAGUGGGCCUGAAAAUUCAGCAUUGUUCAAGGCUGAAAACAGUAUUCGUCAACAGUAUUUUGGGGCAGGAGGUGCUACUUUAUGGGUUAUGGUUCAAUGGAUUGUUUGGAAAAAGGAGGAAAGGAAUACAGAACUAAUGAGGGAAGCCAUACGCGUUCGUUACAUGUUACUCCCAUAUUUCUACACCUUAUUUCGAGAGGCAAACGUAAGUGGUGUGCCAGUUGUGCGCCCACUUUGGAUGGAAUUCCCAGCUGAUGAAGCUACUUUCAGUAAUGAUGAGGCUUUUAUGGUUGGAAACAGUAUUUUGGUGCAAGGAAUUUAUACAGAGGGUGCCAAACAUGUGUCAGUGUAUCUCCCGGGGGGACAAAUUUGGUAUGACUUGAAAACCGGAACCUCAUAUAAGGGAGAGAUGACCCACAAACUGGUGGUCUCAGAAGAGAGUGUUCCUGCUUUUCAAAGAGCGGGAACCAUCAUACCAAGGAAAGACCGAUUUCGCCGAAGCUCCACUCAGAUGGAGAAUGACCCUUACACUCUGGAUAACAAAAGUGGGCACAAGAUGUUGGGUUGGAAGGAGGUGGUCUAUAAGAAUAAGGCUCAAUGUAUAGAGGAAGGAAAUACAAGGGGAAAGAGGCCUAUGGUGUAG